AUGUUGAAAUCGAUACAGUCCCAACUUUUACGGUCGACCCGGCUGAGGCGACCAAUAUGUUCCAGUUGUUGUUUGUCCCACCCGCAACGAAGAUGGCUCUCGGUAGAUGCUUUGGGCCCAGUGUCUGCCUUCAUUCACACCCCGCCCAAGGGUUAUGAACGACAUGACGACCUUUUGCUCCGCGACAUUUUCGAUUCGUCGACGCAUUGGAAGGAGUUUUCGGCACCGCCGUACAUAAACAAACCGGUCGGUCUGUUUAGGAAUCAGUAUCUGAGGACACCUAGUGGGUUCCUCACCUUCGCCCAGGUGAGCUUGAAGAGAGCGCGGGCCACCGUCGACAAGGUGCUGUCGGCAAAGACGGUGGAGGAAUAUCGAGGAGUUGUUCGCCAACUUGACAGGUUGAGCGAUAUCCUUUGUCGAGUUCUCGAUAUGUGCGAUUUCGUCCGUGUGACACACCCAGAGCUUCUCACCCAGCGCAGCGCCGACCAAGCUUGGGAUUUGGUAUAUCAGUACAUGAACGAGCUCAACACCAUGACUGGCUUAUACGAUCAGCUGAUCAAGGCCAUGUCGAACCCCGAUGUUACGUCUGUGUGGUCAGAAGAGGAAAAGGCUGUUGCUGAGGUGUUGAGGUUGGAUUUCACCAAGUCUGCCGUCAACCUCAGCCAAAGGCACCGGGAGCGUUUCGUGUGGUUGUCGUCGCAAAUCAGCACAGUUGGGUCUCGGUUCAUCCAGGGGAUGAAGCCAGAGUACCCCGAGAUUACUGUGCCGAGCAGCAAGCUUAUGGGCAUGGACCCGGUAGAGGUCAGAUCGGCCACUCGGUUUGGCCAGACCACCUUGGAGACACUGGGUUCAAAAGCCACUUUGGCGUUGCGGACGGUCAAGGAUCCUGAGGUCAGGCGUGCUCUCUAUCACGCUUCUCGUACAGCAUCUACCCGCUCGGUAGCUAUGCUCGAGCAUAUGGUCAAGUUGAGAGGCGAGCUCGCCGAUCUCUCAGGCUUUGAGAGUUAUGGCCAUCUGGCUCUUCGUGAUCGCAUGAUGGCCAAAAGCCCAGAGGCGGUGGACCAAUUUCUCCGUGCCCUGGCACACAGCAAUGGCCACAAAGCCAAAACAGAAUUGGCCGAGCUCAGAAUGUUGAAGGAGAGGGAGACAGGCAAGUCUGAGGAGGUUUACCCUUGGGAUAAGGACUACUACCAGGAGGCUCUUCGAAGAUCAGAGAGGACUCCGACGCGGUCGGAUGACCUCUCCGCCUACUUUUCUGUCGGCGUCGUCAUGCAGGGCCUCUCCAGGCUUUUCACUCAACUGUACGGCAUCAGAUUUGUGCCAACGCAAACAUUGCCGGGAGAGACAUGGCAUCCGGAUGUGCGCCGCCUUGAUGUCGUGUCUGAUACAGAUGGCGUGGUGGCUGUGUUAUACUGUGAUCUUUUCUACCGGCCAGACAAGUCGCCCAACCCAGCUCACUUUACGCUCCGCUGCUCACGCGAGAUCUCGGCAGAGGAGGUGGACGAGAUCUGGCUUGAGAGCAAACACGAUCCAGAUGCUCAGUCUUUCCCGACCCCGGAGCAGGCGGCGAACGACGGGAUGAUGUACUCCAAGCGUGGAAAGGCCGUGAUGCAGCUUCCCACCAUCGCCCUCGUCUGUGACUUUCCCCAGGCCGCCAGGGACCAGCCUGCUCUCCUGAACUUUUACGAGUUGGAAACGCUCUUUCAUGAGAUGGGCCACGCCAUACACUCGAUCCUAGCUCGUACCUCGUUCCAGAAUGUGUCUGGCACCAGGUGCGCUACAGACCUGGCGGAGCUGCCAUCGACAUUGAUGGAGUUCUUUGCCGCCGACCCGGCCGUGCUGGCGUUAUUUGCUCGGCAUUACCAGACGAACGAGCCGCUUCCUUACAAGCUGGUCACUCAAAAGCUCCACCAGGCGCGGAGGUUCGAGGGUCUGGACACUGAAAACCAGAUUAUUAUGGCAAUGCUGGAUCAAAGGCUUCACUCAGCUGAAGCUAAUCGACCUGGGUUUGACUCUACCAAGAUAUUCCACCAGAUUCAGAGAGAGCUCAGCAGCAUGCAGCCUGAUCCAGAGGACACGAGAUGGCAGGGUUUUUUUGGGCAUUUGUCUGGGUACGGAAGCACUUACUAUAGCUAUCUGUUCGACAAGGUGCUGGCCCAACGGGUUUGGGACGUGGUGUUUUCCGGUGGCGCAAACGGCUUGGCGCUAGAUAGACAAAACGGGGAGAGGCUUAAGGAGAGCCUCCUCAAGUGGGGCGGCGGUCGUGACCCAUGGACAUGCCUCUCUGAUGUUUUGAAGGACGAGAGGCUGGCUGAUGGCGGAGAGAAGGCCAUGGCUUUGGUGGGCAGUUGGGGGGCAGGAAGUCACUAG